AUGAGCGCUGACGGCCUGGAGCAGUACCUGCAGCAGUGGCGCGCGGGGAAACGGAACAGUCCGGUAACAACAACAACAACAACAAGAGGAGGAGAAACGGUGGGGGCAAUCCCGCCAAAGCGGCGCAGCUUCCGGCCCCACCGCAUUGUCCCACAGCUCUACUUGGGGGCGCUAAAGGAUGUGCAGGACACGUGGGCGUUGCAUCAACGGUUAUUGCCGGAAAAAAUGCUUCUGGUGGUGUCCACCUGCGAUCGCGGUGAUCGACCGCGGCUGGAGAUGCGGCAGCUGCUUCCAGCGGCCACGGCGACGCGUCAACAAGGCUCUUGCCGCGUGCGGCGACUGGCGGUGUGUUCGUGGGAGGAACUCGAGGCACAUGUCGGUGAUGCCUCACGCAAAGCAGCUGCGACGGUGGUGUCGGUAGCUGCAACAGCGGAGUGGCUGCAGAAGGCGGUGGAAUCGCGGUCUUUUGCUGGCAAUGAUGGGCGGGGGGAGGCAAGCGAUGACGGCAGCAGUGCCCACGGCGGGGUGGUCUACCUGAAGCUCUGCCUGCCAUGGAGUGAUGAGCCGUCGUGUCUGGUGCAUGUGCACUUCGAUGUCGCCAUCGCACUGAUGCGGGCAGUGGUGGAUGGCUUGGGCAGGGCCGUUGUGUGCCACUGCGUUGCUGGGGUGUCUCGCUCUGUCACGCUGGUGUGCGCCUUUUUGUUGCGGUGCUGGUGCGAUGCGCGCGCCACGGGCGAAAUGCCGCGAAGUUCUGGUGAUGCCGUAAAGGCGGUGGUUGAAUUUGUGCGGGAAGUGCGGCUCUGCGCCUGUCCAAACGCGGGCUUCAUGCAGCAGUUGACGGAAUAUGCCAGCGGCCUUCUCAGUGCGGAAACGGUGGGGGCGCUAUGCCGAUGGUAA